AUGUUCAUGAGAUUUUGCAUCGCGCUGAAAUUUGCCCUCCAUUUUCAGUCGACUCUGCUGCCUAACUCUCUAGUGUUUAGCCUGGGUGCUACCGGAAAACUGUACCUUGGGUCGUCAAGUGACAUCACUCCUGAAUGCUCGCCGUCUCUAGAACACCAGAAAGUUUCGGACAGUGGAAUUGAUGCUCUGGGACCAACGGCUAAGGCGAAGCAUGGCGCGUCUCUUGCAGAUACGUUAAAACUCAUUGACGCAAAUUACUCGAUGGAUGUAGAAUUAAGAUCUUUGUGCAACGUGAUGGAUAUAGUGAAUUUUAUGCUUCCUGGGGAUAGCACGAUCACCAAGGUCCCUUCACUAAUGCGACUGGUAGGCACGGUUUUUCAAUUCCAACUUGACGAGUACAUGAGUCAACAGUCAUUGAUUUGCCUGGGAGUGUCGGAAAUUAGACAACGAAGAACCAGUCUUCGUGCCGUGCAAGCGAUACUUUCUUCGAACAGGGACCUUCUUGCUGAACUGGAUUUCCUUGCAAGAGAGGCAAUGCUUCAGGCCAGACGGGCAACUGUCGUGCGGUCGCUGGAGUAUCUUUUGUUCACCAUAGUAGACGUACCAUUACCAAUUCCCUCUAGCCCAGCUGACACUGUUCCACCUUUCCAUGUCCUAAAAUGCCCAGAUGUAAACGAAGACACUACGGCAAUUGCGUUAGGCUACGCCGCACAGGUGGUCAGCCUCCUAGCCUUCUAUUGGGGUCAUAUGCUGUCACAUCCAACAACACACCCAAUUCCUAGCUUGCAUGGGCCUCGGAUGUUCCCUCUCUUUUCCAAAGGUGUGGACAUGUAUAGAUUGAAUAGGCCGUCUGUGAAUACGUUAUCGACCUCAGCUGGCAAGCUCAUGACAGAGCACAACUUGCAAGCCCUGAACAUGCGACACACGCUGCCAAAUCUCAAAAACCUUCUUUUGGCCCUCACCACUACCACCAACGCUGGGGAAGGCGACUCCACUCUGCAGACAGUAAGGCAGCAAACGGGACCAUCGCGAAAUUUACGGUCGAUACAAGCAACAGCUGGAAGCAUCGACGUCAGCAACCCUGUCCCUGCAUCAACAUCAUAUGGAGCUGAAUCCCCUACACCAAGACGGACAUUCUUUCCCCCAAUCACCCUCCCCGGAUUUUGGCAAACCCGCAAUGUGCGGCCAGUACCGGCGUUUGUCAAGUCCACUCUACCUGCCAUGUCAGAAGACGUGGACAUACCUGCAGACGUGGGGUGCGACAGUGCGACAGUGCGCUCACUGCACCUCUCGAAAGUCCAAACGGGGAAUGCCGUUAAUCAUGGGCAGUCAUCUUCUGGUGAAUUGGAUCAUGUUGAUAGACACCCGCCAGAGCCUUCUGGAGUACAGUCGACGGACACAGGUCCGGAUGCCUCUGAAGGUGCGACCGUGGAAACUGAGCGGUUUCCUGAGUCAAUGCCUCCGCCUCCUGAUGGCUUGGCAGAUGUUGUGAUUGCAUCCGCUUCAACGCAUGAGCAAGAGCCGACAUUGGAGUCUCUGAAGGAGCAGAGCAGCAAUUGGCUCACAACUGGUCUGAGUGCCAGUGUCGGUGGCUUCGGGAAGCACCUUCGUUCGGGAGGUACCCGAGAGUUAUUUGGUGGCGGGUCACCUGCGAAAAGCAAUCGGAGAGGCCCUGGAAGACCACCGACCGUCCCCAAGUCCGGUCCCAACUCCAAUGGGCAUGGUAACAGCCAAGCCAAGGAGACUACUAUCCACACAGACCUACCACUCAUGGACGCGAACCUUUAGUCCAUCCCCGCUUCACAAUGAUGUUGUUGAUAUCUUAAUUCAUGCACUCUAAUCGAUCAGCCUGACACAAUUUCAUAACAAUCGAAACGGAACGAAGGGUUUCCCGUCCCCACACCCUGAUUUUGCACAUUCGAUUAAGUAUCCUCGAUGUGCGAAGAGUCAUUGGACUCACUCCGAGUAAAUCGGGCAAAUUGAAUCCCAUGGUCUCGAUUCAGACUCGAUCUAUUGUUUUUUUUUACUAGGAGGAAUAUAUACUAAUG